GUUCUGGAGGAGGCGCCGCCGCCGCUCCCGAGGCCGCUGCCGCCGCCGCUGCCGCUGCCGUCGCCGCGCAGAGCCGGAGCAGGAGCCACGGCCGAGAGGAGGGAGGAGGAGGAGGAGGAGGAGGUGGAGGAGGUGGAGGAGGUGGAGGAGGCGCCGGACCGGGGGGGAUAGAUUCCCAGAAGUGGGAUAACUGGAUCAGAGGGUGAUUACCCUGUGUAUAAGAGUAUGUGUCUCACUGCACCUUCAAUGGCAUUGAGUAGAUCGUCAGUAUUUAAACAGAUCACAUCAUGCGUGAGUACAAGCUAGUGGUCCUUGGUUCAGGAGGCGUUGGGAAGUCUGCUCUGACAGUUCAGUUUGUUCAGGGAAUUUUUGUUGAAAAAUAUGACCCAACGAUAGAAGAUUCCUACAGAAAGCAAGUUGAAGUCGAUUGCCAACAGUGUAUGCUCGAAAUCCUGGAUACUGCAGGGACAGAGCAAUUUACAGCAAUGAGGGAUUUGUAUAUGAAGAACGGCCAAGGUUUUGCACUAGUAUAUUCUAUUACAGCUCAGUCCACGUUUAACGACUUACAGGACCUGAGGGAACAGAUUUUACGGGUUAAGGACACGGAAGAUGUUCCAAUGAUUUUGGUUGGCAAUAAAUGUGACCUGGAAGAUGAGCGAGUAGUUGGCAAAGAGCAGGGCCAGAAUUUAGCAAGACAGUGGUGUAACUGUGCCUUUUUAGAAUCUUCUGCAAAGUCAAAGAUCAAUGUUAAUGAGAUAUUUUAUGACCUGGUCAGACAGAUAAAUAGGAAAACACCAGUGGAAAAGAAGAAGCCUAAAAAGAAAUCAUGUCUGCUGCUCUAGGCCCAUAGUCAGCAGCAGCUCUGAGCCAGAUUACAGGAAUGAAGAACUGUUGCCUAAUUGGAAAGUGCCAGCAUUCCAGACUUCAAAAAUAAAAAAUCUGAAGAGGCUUCUCCUGUUUUAUAUAUUAUGUGAAGAAUUUAGAUCUUAUAUUGGUUUGCACAAGUUCCCUGGAGAAAAAAAUUGCUCUGUGUAUAUCUCUUGGAAAAUAAGACAAUAGUAUUUCUCCUUUGCAAUAGCAGUUAUAACAGAUGUGAAAAUAUACUUGACUCUAAUAUGAUUAUACAAAAGAGCAUGGAUGCAUUUCAAAUGUUAGAUAUUGCUACUAUAAUCAAAUGAUUUCAUAUUGAUCUUUUUAUCAUGAUCCUCCCUAUCAAGCACUAAAAAGUUGAACCAUUAUACUUUAUAUCUGUAAUGAUACUGAUUAUGAAAUGUCCCCUCAAACUCAUUGCAGCAGAUAACUUUUUUGAGUCAUUGACUUCAUUUUAUAUUUAAAAAAUUAUGGAAUAUCAUCUGUCAUUAUAUUCUAAUUAAAAUUGUGCAUAAUGCUUUGGAAAAAUGGGUCUUUUAUAGGAAAAAAACUGGGAUAACUGAUUUCUAUGGCUUUCAAAGCUAAAAUAUAUAAUAUACUAAACCAACUCUAAUAUUGCUUCUUGUGUUUUACUGUCAGAUUAAAUUACAGCUUUUAUGGAUGAUUAAAUUUUAGUACAUUUUCA